GAGACUCAAAACCUCUCGUGUUGUUUGGGUUAUUGUCCACAAAUAGAUUAAAAUUUGAUGAAACUGAUUUAAUUACUACUUUAUAAAUAUCAGUUGUCAAUGGACCCACAAAACAUGAUAUUAGGUGGACCUCCACCACCAGAAGGUUUGAUGCCGCAACAAAUAUUUGUUCCAACAGAUCAAAUGGGUGGUCUUUCAAAAGAACUUCCAUCUCUGCUUUCUUUAAAAGUAGAUCCCCCAGAUCAAGUGGUUGAUGGAAAUCCUUCAGAAGUUGUUUUACCUCAAGCUCUUGAGGAUGUAUUAGCUUUAAAAAAUCAACGCGCUUUGGAAUUAGGAACCGAGGAAAAUGCUGAAGAAAGAAAUCUCGUUAAAGAAACGGGGAAUGUUUGGGAGGCUGAUAAUGAAAAUGAACCUCAAUCCGAAAAAGUUGAUAUUGGUGGUGAUAAAAAGAAGGAAAAUAACACAAAAAUUAGUAAAAAUAAAAAGAAAAAAAAGAGAAGGAAAAAUAAGAAAAUGGAGCAAAUGGAAAUGGUGGAAAAAGAGAACGAAGAAAAAACUAAUGAGGAAGAGAAUACCGAUGAUAUCGAAGUGGAUUAUAUACAAGAAAGUUUAAGUCUCCAUGAAAUGGCCCCUCAAUAUCGUCAAUUUUACCACAUUUUAGAAGCGUUUAAAAUUUCUGAUCCAUCUCCAAACAUUCCUCCUCCAAUGUUAGCAAUGCCAACAGCAUUAUCAUCAAAAUCUGCAAUCGCAACACUCGGAGAUCAAUUCAAUGAUGAUAAUGAAGAAGGUGACGACAAAAAAAUCGAGGAUAAAAGUAAAAUGUCAAAACGAAAAUUGAAAAAAUUAACGCGUUUAAGUGUAGCGGAAUUAAAACAACUCGUAAACAGACCUGAUGUUGUCGAAAUGCAUGAUGUUACAGCGCGAGAUCCCCGACUUUUAGUACAAUUAAAAGCGCAUAGAAAUACCGUUCAAGUUCCAAGACAUUGGUGCUUUAAACGGAAGUAUUUACAAGGAAAACGUGGUAUUGAAAAACCACCAUUUAAUCUUCCCGAUUUUAUUAAAAGAACCGGUAUUAUGGAAAUGAGGGCCUCACUUCAAGAUAAAGAUGAAUCGAAAACGUUAAAAGCAAAAAUGAGGGAACGCGCCCGUCCGAAAUUAGGAAAAAUUGAUAUCGAUUAUCAAAAAUUACACGAUGCUUUUUUCAAGUGGCAAACGAAACCAAAAAUGACAAUUCACGGGGAUUUAUAUUACGAGGGGAAAGAAUUUGAGACGCGUUUAAAAGAGAAAAAACCAGGUGAUUUGUCAGAAGAAUUAAGAACCGCUCUUGGAAUGCCCGUUGGUCCAAAUGCAAAUAAAGUACCCCCACCGUGGUUAAUUGCUAUGCAACGUUAUGGACCUCCACCAAGUUAUCCUAAUUUGAAAAUACCCGGCUUAAACGCCCCAAUACCGGAGGGAUGUUCCUUUGGGUAUCACGCCGGAGGUUGGGGAAAACCACCCGUUGAUGAAAAUGGAAAACCUCUUUAUGGAGAUGUUUUUGGAACGAAUAUUAUUAAUACAGAUGAUAUUGCUGAAGAUGCAACUGUUGACCGUACAUUAUGGGGUGAAUUGGAAUCAGAAUCUGAGGAAGAAAGUGAAGAAGAGGAGGAAGAAGAAGAUAAAGAAAAGCAGCCGAUUGAUGAAACGGGUCUUGUGACUCCUGCAGAAGGUCUUGUUACUCCAAGUGGUCUCACUAGCAUUCCAGCAGGAAUGGAAACUCCCGAAACUAUUGAGUUGAGAAAGAAAAAGAUUGAAGCUGAAAUGGAAGGUGGUGAAACCCCCGCAUUAUAUCAUGUGAUCCCCGAAAAACGUAACGAACGUAUUGGAACUGCAAUGAUGGCCAGUGCUCACGUUUAUGAUAUGACGGGUGUGGGAGCACCGCCACCAGCUGUUAUAGCUGCUAGAAGAGGUGUUACACAACCAGUUCCUGAAAAAGAAGGAAUGGUUGAAUUGGCUUUGGAUCCAUCUGAAUUGGAUAUGGAUAGCGACGCGAUGGCCGUCCGUUAUGAACAGCAGAUGCGUGAGAAUCAAUCGCAAUUGCAGAAGGAAGAUUUGAGUGAUAUGUUAGCGGAACAUGUUGCUAAACAGAAAAAUAAAAGGAAGAGGCAACAAAAUAUGGAGACAAAGCAACAGAAAAAAUAUAAGGAAUUUAAAUUUUAAACAAAAAUUAAUUUGUAUGGUGUUUAUUAUUAAUAUUAGAAAAAAUAAGGUUUUGUUUAGAUUAAGGUUCUUUUAACAAUAAAUUUGGUAAUCUUAUUUAGAUUAUUUCUUAAUCAAAAUUUUCAAAAUAAGAUAAGAAUACAAAUAUUUUGGCAUUAGAAUAUUAUGUAACUUAUAGUUUAUAAAAUAAAGACCAUGAUUAUCAUCAA